CUUGCCACCGGAGUUGAAGUCGAAGAAGGCCAUUGUUAACGUGCAGAACACUGACAACAAGUGUUUACUGUAAGUAUAGCAGUGGGGUUUCAGUGUUGUGUUAUGGUGUAUGGAUUGAACUGUAUGUUCUGUCCAUGUCUUAUGUCAUCCGUACUUUAGAUGGUCAAUACUGGCUGCUAAAUUUUCGGCAGACAAGUCUCGUCCAUGUCGUCAAUCGUCGUACGCAGAACAUGCGGAUACUGUGGAUGUGAGCGGCAUCGAGUUUCCAGCAAAACUGGAAGACAUACCAGUCAUCGAAAGACUGAACGACGGUCUUUACAUCAACGUCUUCGGAUAUGAAGAGAAAGUCAUAUAUCCGUUAAGAAUUUCUCAGCAACCGCAGUCCGCCAUCAAUGUAUUGCUCAUCCAAGACGAACGCAAUGACGUGGAGGUGCAGCACUGGGUGUGGAUAAAGUCAUUCAGUCGUCUUGUUGCUACUGGAGCACGUCGAGCACAUUUCGUCUGCUUCAGAUGUCUCUCAACACACGUCACGGAGAAGGCAUUGAAUAAUCAUAUGAUGUACUGCAGUGAACAUCCUGAAGCUACGGUGGAGAUGCCAAAGGCUGGCGAUAGAGUGAUGUUCAGGAAUGUGAACAAGCAGCUUCAAGCCCCAUUUGUGAUCUAUGCCGAUUGUGAGGCCUUCAUAGAACCUCUGUCCGCUGUCAAGAAAAUCGGUCAUUCGACAUUCCAAAAGAACAAGCAUGUAGCCUGUUCCUGUUCGUACAUUGUAGUACGAUCUGAUGGCGUCGUCACGAACCGUUUCUUCUACCGUGGAGAAGAUUCUAUGUUCUGUUUUCUGCUGUCACUUGAGCAAGAGGAGGAGAUUAUCCGUGAUGAGCUUCUUGCAUGUAAUGCUGGUCAAAUGAUCAUUUCAGAAAGUCAGCAACGUGAAUUUGAAACGGUAGUCUCCUGUUGGAUCUGUGGUGAAGCGUUGGGUAGCGAUCGUGUACGUGACCACUGUCACAUCACCGGUGCUUACCGUGGUGCAGCACACAACCAUUGUAACCUGAACAUGCGGAUUGAGCCAUUCAAGAUCAAGAUUCCUGUGAUCUUUCAUAACUUGAAGGGAUACGAUUCUCAUCACAUCAUAUCUGCCAUUGGGAGAACGUCCACUGAUGAGAUUACGUAUGUGAACGAGAAAGGACAAGAACGGACCAAGCGUCUCGGUGCUAUCAACGUGAUUCCCAUCAACAGUGAAAAAUAUGUCACAUUCGGAUGGAGACAGUUCCAGUUCAUCGACAGCCUGGCAUUCUUGAACACCUCCCUAGACCGGUUGGUUUCGGCUACACCACCAGAUGCAUUCGCCCUUCUAUCCGCACGAUUUCCAGACGAGGAUGAACGCAAACUGUUGACACGAAAGGGUGUCUACCCGUAUGAAUAUAUGGGGUCGUACGACCAAUUCGAAGAAACGCGUCUACCACCCAAGGAUGCAUUCCACUCAACGCUAACGAACACGGGUAUCAGUGAUGAAGACUAUGCCUAUGCGCAAACAGUAUGGACUGCGUUUGACUGUGAAGAUCUAGGAGACUAUCACGACCUCUACCUGGAGACUGAUGUGCUGCUGUUGGCUGACGUUUUCGAAAACUUCAGAAGAACUGCUCACGCAACCUAUGGAUUGGAUCCCGCUAAUUACCUCACCUUACCGGGAUUUGCCUGGGAUUCGCUGCUGAAAAUGACGAAGGUGUCCCUUCAUCUCAUUUCCGACAUUGACAUGUUCAACUUCAUUGAGCAUGGCAAAAGAGGUGGCAUAAGCAUGGUGUCCGCUAGACACGCCACCGCCAACAACAGAUAUCUAUCGGAAUACAAUCCAGACGAGCCGUCAAGCUUCAUCCAAUAUUUAGAUGCGAACAAUCUAUAUGGAUGGGCCAUGUCUCAACCCUUGCCCGUGUCGGACUUCUGCUUUGAAGCAGUGACGGAUGAUCUUCUGGAGACGGUACUCGAUCAUCCAAUGGACUCUUCGACGGGAUACAUGGUGGAGUGCGAUUUAAGGAUUCCAGAUGGUGUGCAUGACAUGAUGAAUGAUUAUCCGUUGGCUCCUGAGAAGAUGAAGGUGACACGAGAUAUGCUUUCUCCAUAUCAGACCCACAUGGCAGAGAAACUAAUGGCAAGUCAUGGUCUAUCUGGUGGAUAUGCUUGUAUUAAUCUUCUAAGGUUUGUGCAUAUCUAUACUGUACUCUUGUAGGUGAGCGGUUUGGAAGCGAAGAAACUGGUGCCAAAUCUACUACCGAAAGAGCACUAUGUUCUGCACUACAGAAACUUGCAGCAGUAUGUGUCCUUGGGUGUGGAGAUUACAGAUGUGCAUCGUGUGCUCUCCUUCACACAACACCCAUGGAUGAAGCCAUACAUCGACACUAAUACUGACCUGAGAAAGCUAUCAACUUCUGAUUUCGAGAAAGACUUCUAUAAGUUGAUGAACAAUGCUGUAUAUGGCAAGACCAUGGAAAACGUUCGAAACAGAGUAAACAUCAAGCUCAUUCGUGAACAGGAUGAAAAACCACGUCUCC